AAGUAAACAGCCACAAAUUCGCAGUAGUUUGCCCUGCGACAUUGGGCUCAUUCAGUGCAACAGGUUCAAGGACGCUCUCGACAACGGCCGCGGUCUCUAGCACACUCUCGUGAGCUUUGAUUAUAACUGGGAUCUUUAUUAGCCAUACCCGACGAUCUUCCCUGAUUUUGAUUUAACGUGUCGCAAUGGCUAUCCUUUCGACACCGCUGCAAUACAUCAAUUCUGUACCACCAGUGACGCGUUUUUUCACCGUGGCCACCUUAGCUUCCUCGGCAUUGUAUCUUUGGAUAAAAUGGACAACAGAUGCUCCCUUGGUUCCCUACCUGACAAUGGUACCUGGAACAAGCCUAUUCUUUCCUUGGACACUUGCAACCUCAGCCCUGGUCGAAAUAAGCGUCAUCGAGCUCAUCAUCUCACUUCUUGUCAUUCCUGCUUCGUUAAGUUAUUUUGAGCGCCUGUGGGGGACUGUCGAAACUUUGAAGUUUAUUGUCGUAUGCGUGACCGGACCGAAUAUCAUCGCGUUCGCCUUCAACUGGAUUGAAUUCGCUGUGUUGCGCAAUGCCGAGUUGUUCUUGUAUGGCAUGGAGUAUCACGGUCACAUGGCACUAUUUAUCAGCCUGCUCGUUGCAUUUACUCAAGUUAUCCCCGAGCACCAAGUUCAAAUUUUAGGCUUUAUCAAAGCUCGCGUCAAGACGCUUCCUAUGGCAUACUUGACUUUUUCGACCAUUAUGACAAUAAUUGGCUUCCAAAGCCCAUAUAUUCUCAUUCAGUUUGGCUGGUUUGUGUCGUGGAUAUACCUCCGCUUCUACAAGCGCAAUGUCGGCGACUCCUUAGGAGGGGCAGUGACAUAUGGAGAUCGGAGCGAAACAUUUGCUCUGACGAGCUGGUUCCCUCCAUUCCUCCACACGCCGUUAUCAGUGCUCGGAAACACUGUAUUCAAAAUCGCAACGCGUUUCCACCUUAUUCCUACUUCUGUGCCUCAUGACAUUGAGUCCGGAGGAUAUAGCCAGGUGCCAGGUGGAGCUCGAGCCGAAGCUGAAAGGCGACGGGCACUUGCACUGAAGGCACUUGACCAACGGCUGGCCAACUCCUCCAGUGGUUCGCCAACCCAGAGUGGAGCAUCUCAAGCCCAGUCUUCUCGACCCUCACCCGUUGUGCCUGCUCCGGCACAAAAUGAAAGAAAACCUAGUCCUGUAGAGAUGGACGUGGCCGACACGUCAGGCUCCGACGAUGAGAGACGAUAGUGUCCGGCCUAAUGACCAGCUUUAGCAGCUAAUAUCCAUGGAGCACAUCUCACCUCGUCGUUUCUAUUCACACUUUGUGAAUUACAUAAGUUGCAAUAUAUGAUUACGUAAUAUACCAAUGCUGUUUGACCACG